UUGUCCCUUGUUUCCACCUUCUCUCAUCCAUCUCUUCAUCUCUUCAUCCGUUUAUCCAUCCAUCCAUCCAUCCAUCCAUAAUACUCUAUGACUCGAACAAUCCCAAAUCACUACUGUCCGAUAUGUGGCAUUCUAAUUGCCCGUACACUGGUCAUGCCUGGCACCGUGCCAACCGAUCUGGAAUGGUACCAGCAGGUCCGUGUGAUUCAGCUUCGCGGUGAUACAUUAGAUGAUCAAUGGCUAGUCACCCAACUCGCCACUGUGAGCGGCGUAGGAUAUGUCAAUCAUUCCAGUCGAAUCUAUGCCCCCUCGCACCAUGAUUGCUGUUUCAGCGACGACGGGGUUGGCAGCCUGAUGUCAUACAUCCGAUUCCGCGACCCAGCGUCAGGUACCUGGUCAUUCGACGUGCAUGAAUUAUGCUGGCAGAUUCUACUGCAGAGAGUCCCGGAGGGCCGAUCCGACCUCACCAAAUUUUCCACUCUUCUUUUCCAGAUGCUGUUUUGUACCACAUGGGGUAAGCAAAGAUACCUUCGUCCUGGUCAUGACUUCGGUGGCGCAGCCCAAUUUCAAAACCCGAUGGGGGUUAUGUUUUGCGAUAUGAUCGACCAAGGACUUGAUUAUCUCUCGGCUUGUCCUUCACAGUUCCGCAAUCUGGCAGAGAUUCUAUCGUGUGCCACUCCGGACACUCAAUUCUGCCCUCAACGAUCCACACAUAGAGCCCGAAGGCCGUCUUCACGCGAUGACAUAUUCUCCCCACUUUCAGUCGAGGUUCUAAUUAUGAUUGUGUCUCUCCUCCCUUCACCCGAUAUUCAGCACUUGCGAUUGGCGUCAAGAAGUCUCGCAUCCGCGACUGAUCCGUCAUCGCUGCCUCAGUCUUUCUGGCGCACCAGGUUUCUGGCAGAUGGCGAGAUGGGAUUUGCUUGGCCCGCUGACUCGACGGGUUAUCUCAACUGGCGUGACGCUUACUUUACGCUGAAGCAUGUUUUGAGCGAUACCUCCGGCUCCAGCUUUGCGCAGGCCAGAAACCGGCGGCGAAUAUGGAGACUUGCUGGUAUCAAUGCGGCUCUGCUUUCUCAGUUCUUGGAUGGAACCGACCUUUGUGGCGGUAUUUGUACCGAGGAUGCAGGUCUGUCUCAUAGCCCCAAUACACUUCCUGAAAAUGGGACACACGGCAAAAUGCUCAGCGCCCAAGUGUCGGAGGACUCUCACCGGCUACUUUCUGUAGGAAGUCUGAGGCUCCACGAUAGGACUGUCAUUUUACCUUUGGACGACUUGACUGUCAAGACCAUUCGUGUUUAUGUGAUUGACUUUAACUUGCAGUGUUUCAUCUCCGGUCUGGAAUUCGAACUUCUGGACCUUUCUACUCAAGCGUAUUCCAACAUCGCUCUGAGAUUUGCGCCACCCAAUGCCGGCCAUCUAAUUCACAUUGCCCCGUCCGUUUGUGUCACAGGAUUUGAACUGGAAGUCAGUUCGCGAGGCAUCACCAAUCUAAGAGUGCUCGUUGAAGGAAGCGACCACGGUGCAUGUCCGCCGCAGUGGGUGCGAGAUCAAGAGACGGACCGGGCCGAUCUCGCGUUGGGAAAGCUGGACUUCGGCGCUCCGAAAGCACGACGAAUCCGACUGGUCGCUCAGUUUGAUGCAUUCAAAAUGAUCGCCUUGGGAUUUACCGAAGCCAGUGACACCGUUUCGGAAGUCGACAACAGUUUCACACUCCAACCAAUGUGGACGCCCACCUAUCCAAGAGAAGCUGUAUCUCUCGUUCCUGAAUUGCAGCCAGCAUUGCAAGGGUACAACCGUAUGCUGAAUAUUGAUUUCGCGGGUGCCAACGGGGAGAAGCUUCCGCAACUGACAAGGAUAGUGACCCAUAUCCUCAAUGACUCGGCACCCAUUGUAGGAUUCACCUUCUAUUUCGAUGACCGGACCUCUACCCAGUUCGGUCGACAGGGCUUGAUGGAAGUAUCUUUAUUGAUUGAUGGACCCGGUGGGGAGUAUGUCACAGGUGUCACAGUCGCGAAGUCCACCAAGGAUAGCCGGAUCCUGUUACUUCGGAUGCGCACAAACCUUGGAAAGGAGCUUAUCACGGGUUGGGACGAGCUGAGCCGCUCUGAAGUGUCGGACUACCGGCUAACAUCGCAUUCGUUUGACUCUCACUCGAAUCCUCUCAUCAAACGUAAGGAAAUGACUGUCGAGGCGAUGCAAGCGCCCAUCGGGCAGCGCAUUACUGGAUUCAUUGCCACCCUUGAAGCAUCAAACAACUCGUUUCGUGCUUUCGGAUUACAGUGUCAGAGAACCCCGCCACCGUAUGAAACGCGGGUCACGGACGCGGCCUUGCCGUACCCCGUUUCAACUGCCGCACGCUCAGCUUCCCCUCUAGGCUCAUAUAUUAUCAGAGAAAGAUCCAAUUGUUGUAGAGCCUUUACAUCUGCGAGCUUAAAAUCGGUCAAGUGUAUAAGAUUCUCGAGCGGAAACCUCGAGCGCCCGCGGCUCGACAAUGAAGUUUCCGGAUUAUGGUUUGAGUACUUCGAAUCUCCUCAUUCAAUCGUCGGUCAGUGGAUCUCUGAGUCUGUGUCGGUCACCCUUGAGCCCGGAGAGACGAUCACAGGAAUCACAAUAUGGCUGUCGAAUGGUUGCAAGGCCUUGAGCCAGGAGUUCUUCAUGGGCCGAGUCGUUCGCAUCAUGAUAACUACUCCCCUUCAGACUGUGGUGUAUCCGGAGGGACCUCCGCCAUCAGCCAAGGAGCAUACUAUCUUACAGUUUGAAGAAAGCUACCUCGAAGAAAUGUCGUGCCUUGUCUGGGUAUUCAACAACGCGUGGGACUUUCCACGAGUAACCCAAAAUCUCAAAUCACCGAGUCAGAAGAUGGUUUUCUGGGACCCGGGCCAUACCCUCGAGAAACGGCCCUGGGCGACUCCCCAAAGCGCACUCUGGACGGGAGGUAAUGGAACGAAUGGCCUGGUCUCCAUAGCUGGAUAUCACGGCUUGAGUAAGGAGGAUUAUAUCACUGGCCUGAGGUUCACAUAUAAGUCCGGUGCUGUUCAAGAUAUAGGCGAUGUGGCCGCUGGACAGGCCCUUCGCUCUGUGCGACUUUCUCCAGACGAAGAUAUUCAACGGAUGUCUUUGAUUAAGAACUGGACGGGCCUCCUGCAAGUUACUUUCGGUUGCAUGAAACGGAGUGACAAGACCAAGACCCGGCGCGCCGUUAUCUCCACGCCGUCCGCGAAGAGGAAUUUACCCUCUAUGACGGGGAGAACAGAUCGUGAGGAUGUCGACUUUCUUCAACGCAGCUAUACAUCGCAUUACCGCCGUAUAGCGGGAGAUGCGCAGAACGGGGAAGGAAGUUUGCCUGAGGGAGAGGUUAUUGGGCUGUGGGGGUUCAAAAUGCCGGAUGACAGGUUGUUUGUUGGGGUCGUGAUGUUACAGGGGUCUGGGCCCCGUACUAAAAUUACCAGUCGCUCGCGCUUCAAGUGACAGUAAAAGAACGAGGGGCUUCAAGAUGGUUUGGCGAUAAUGAUCGGCAUACAUUGCUUUAUUUGAAUAAUAUUUCCGGCUCAUCUAGAACGUGUGUUGCACGAGCAGCCCUGUGC